AUGUCGUUUAAGUCAAUCGACGCUACUGUCGAUGAAGACGAGGCAAUGAAUUUUCCAAUUGAAUUUUUUAAUUCUUUAGACAUAUCAGGAAUACCACCACACAAUCUUCGGUUAAAAAUUGGAUCACCGAUUAUUCUUCUGCGUAAUUUGAAUCCCCCUGAACUAUGCAACGGUACACGUUUGAUAUCAAAAGAUUAUGAGAAUUUUAAGAAGACAGUUUCUGCAACUCGUAGGACAAAGAACUAUGUCUCUACGCGGCUUGAAACGCUUGGUAACAAUUGGCAAACCAUUGUUCAACAGCACCAAAUCGCGGUUUGCAGCGAUGAAAACAUAGCACCAAUCGAAGAGCUUUUUAAUGAAGCUGGUGAGAUUUAUACAAUUUAUAAAUCUGUGUUGCUAGAUGAGCUAGACAAAUUUGCAGCAGCAGAAGCAGCAGCUAAAGCAAAAGAUUCACCUGCUCCUACUUUGGUUCAAAAGUCGACCAAUGACAAGCCGCACGAUGUACGUUUGCCAAAAAUUCACCCCCCGACAUUCACGGGAGAAUAUCAAAAUUGGCGUUCUUUCCAUGACCAGUUUGUUUCACUGGUACAUAACAACACUUCACUUACAAAAAUCGAAAAAUUACAUUAUUUGAAGUCAAGUUGUAAAGAAGGUGCUGGUAUUUUACUAGAACACAUAAGUGUAGAUGAUGCAAGCUAUGAUAAGGCUUGGGAACUCUUGACAACGAGAUACGAUUUCAAAAGAAUUCUCGUUAACAACGAACUUAAGUUGUUUUAUGAAUUAAGUGUUGUUAAAGAAGAAAAUGCUAAGGGCAUAAGAGAAUUAUUAGAUAAUUCAACAAAAAUUUUACAUGCUUUAAAGAACCUGCAAUUGCCUGUCCAUCACUGGGAUGCAAUAAUAAUAUUUUUGCUUUUGAAAAAGCUACCGGCUACGUCAAACAAUUUUUCAAAUGCAUUCAAUCAACAAUCAAGCUCUCAAGGUAAUCAUAACCAAUUUCAACACAACACAAAUAAUAAUAACACAUUUUCAAAUAAUCCUCGCGCUCAAUUACAAACAAACUCUUAUACACCCACUCAACAGAAUAAUAAUAGAAACACAUUCGCUCACACAAAUAUAAACACCCAGAAUCCAAAUAGCUCGCAAACACAUCAUGUAACAACGGAAUUUAAUCCAAAUGUACAAAAUGUACACCCCUACGAUAUACCGCCUUCAACAUCUUCAAACUGUUUUCAUCUAAACGAAUCUAAAAUAUCUCAAAUUUUGUUAGCAACAGCGAUUAUAAAAGUCAAAUCAGCCCAAGGAGACUUUGUUCAAUUAAGAGCCUUGAUCGAUCCUGGAUCUCAAGCUACUUUUAUAACCGAAUCGGCAGCUCAAUUAUUGGGUCUUAAAAAGAUUCCAACUUCCUUUGACGUUUCUGUAUUAGGACAAAACAAAGCUAACUCUUGUAAACAUUUUGUAAAUUUGAAUCUGAGUUCUAAUUAUUCAGAUUUUAUUACGUCGACAAGAGGUUAUAUAUACAAGACCCUUACAGGACUUUUACCGAAUGAAGAAGUCUUCGCUAACAGAUGGAAACAUUUACAAGGACUGAAAUUAGCAGAUCCUUCAUUUAAUCGUCCUGGUAACAUUGACAUUUUAUUAGGGAAUGACAUAUAUUGCGAAAUUUUAUUAGACGAAGUCAUACGCAAUGAGGAACAAGUAGCUCCAAUAGCCCAAAAAACCAGGUUUGGUUGGAUUGUUUUGGGGAAAGUUCCUUUGGAAAAGCCAUUUUCUCUUCAAGUCUACACACAGUUGGUAGAUAUCGACACACAAAUGCGUGCAUUUUGGGAAAUGGAAGAAACUCCCUAUGAAAAAGCCGUAGAUGAAGAAGAUGUCGAGUGCGAGAAGCACUUUCUACAAAACACCAAGCGGGUGCCGGGAGGGCGCUUUGAAGUUUCACUACCCUUCAAAGAACUUCAUCGACCAAGACUUAUGUCAACAAAACAAAAGGCCUUAAUGAUGUUUUAUAAACAAGAAAAAAAAUUAUUAAACAACCCAACACUACACAAAGAAUACAACGAUUGCUUAAAAGAAUACCUCACACUCAAUCAAAUGGAAGAAGUAGAUAUUAACAUAGAUAACAAACUUAACUCUCCAUUUCACUAUGUGGUUCCUCAUCAUGCCGUGAUGAAAGAGUCUAGUACAACAACGAAGUUACGUGUUGUUUUUAAUGCUGCAUAUCAAACGGCGGAUGGUAGUUCUUUAAACGACCAUUUGAUGACUGGACCUAAAACUCAAACAGAUAUUUUAGCCAUUGUUUUAAGGUGGAGAACGCACAAAAUUACUUUCGUAUCAGACAUAGAGAAGAUGUACCGACAGAUAUUAGUUCAUCCAGAGGACGCGUAUUACCAGUUACUUUUUUGGCGUGAAAAUCCAUCAAUGCCAAUAAAGCUUUACAAAGUAAAAGUUUUAAUGUUCGGUACUGCCCCAGCCCCAUAUUUAGCAAAUCGAACGCUAAAGAAACUUGCUUCAGAUGAAGAAGUAACAUAUCCAUUAGCCGCUCAAAUGAUUCGGGAAGAUAUGUACAUCGAUGAUUUGGUAUCGGGUGCAGAUUCAGUAGAAGUUGCGAAAGAAAAGUAUCACCAAAUCUCGAAGCUUUUAUCAUCUGCUGGAUUUCAUCUUCGCAAAUGGAUGAGUAAUAACGAAGAGUUUCUUGCUUCAAUACCAAAGGCAGAUCAGGAAACAAAUGUGUCAUUGACAUUCGGAGCUUUGGAUCAUACCAAAACCCUUGGAAUCAGUUGGUUCCCAUCUACCGAUUCAUUUUCAUUUAAAAAAAUCUCUAUAGAUAAAGUCGUUUCAAAAAGAACGAUACUUUCAACAAUUGCUCGUCUUUUUGAUCCACUUGGAUGGAUAGCACCCUGUAUCGUUAAAGCGAAAAUCAUUAUGCAGCAAUUGUGGUUGAAAGGCCUUUCGUGGGACGAAAACAUUCCUGUGGAACUACUUCAAGAAUGGCUCUCCUUUCAAGAAGAGUUGGAUAUCUUAGAAGAUAUCCGUAUUCCGAGAUGGGUAAACAUAGAGAAUGGCACCCAACAGGUCGAACUCCAUGGAUUCUGUGACGCAUCUACCAAGGCAUAUGGAGCCGUGGUAUAUCUUCGAGUUUUAGAUAACAAGAAUUGCAUUCACACCCAUUUACUCAUAGCCAAAACUAAAGUCGCUCCAGUCAGUACAGUCUCUUUGCCAAGAUUGGAACUUUGCGGAGCAGUGAUGUUGGCAAAAUUACUCAACUAUACUAAAUCAGUCCUUCCGUUCAAGAAUAUAUCAGUCUUUGCGUGGACUGAUUCCACAAUCACCCUUUGUUGGAUCUCUGGAUUGCCUUCAAAAUGGAAAACAUUUAUUGCCAAUCGAGUUACCGAAAUUCAAAGGCUGACAAAUGUUAGCAUGUGGAAACACAUUCCAACUAAGUUGAACCCAGCGGAUCUUGCAUCCCGUGGUGUUCUUCCAUCCAAGCUAAGAAAUAAUAAUCUUUGGUGGAAAGGACCACCCUUUCUUCAGGAGAUGUGGAAAUUCUCCAUACCAGAACAACCCACCCAAUGUGAAAUAAAUGAAGAAAAACGAGAAAUAAAAACUCAUUUAGCAAUACAAAAUACCGAUGGAAUUUUAGAUGUGCUUUGUAAACAAUCCAAACUAACAAAAGCCUUAAGAAUUAUAGCCAAUGUUCAUAGAUUUAUCUAUAAUAGUAGAAAAAAAGAAAUAUAUCGAAGAAAAUCGGUUCUGACACCCUUAGAACUCGAUAUUUCCAUGCGAACAGCUAUCAGAAGUGUUCAAAAACUGAUGUUUCAUGAUGUCAUAAAUGAACUACAGAAAACCAAAAGAACCAAACUUAACAAAUCUCUGAAUCUUUUUAUUGAUGGAUGUGGAAUAUUAAGAAUCGGAGGUAGACUUCAAAAUGCCACCCUAACAUAUGAUCAAAAGCAUCCAAUUGUGUUGAAGCCAGAUCAUAAUUUCUCCAGAUUAAUAAUUGAAGAUGCCCAUGAGAAAACUCUACAUGGUGGUAUUCACCAAGUGAUUGCACACAUUCGAAAUCGUUUUUGGAUCUUCAACAUGAAGAGAACGGUCAAAAAGUACAUUAAUAAAUGUUUCACCUGUUUUAAGAAUGCACCUAAGCCAUUGCAACAACUGAUGGGAAGCCUUCCAGCACCAAGAGUAAAUGUUUCUAGACCAUUUACACACACUGGUGUCGACUACGCCGGACCUAUAGAAGUAAAGGCCUGGAAAGGACGAGGUGCUAAAAAAUUCAAAGGCUAUUUCGCCAUUUUUAUUUGUCUUUCAACAAAGGCAAUUCAUCUUGAAGCUGUCACAGAUCUAACGACACAAGCCUUUAUUGCCGCGUUCCGAAGAUUUACAUCUCGCAGAGGCAUAUGUGCAAACAUAUAUAGUGACUGUGGGACCAACUUUAAAGGUGCUAAUGUGGAACUCCAAAAAAUGCUAAAUGCUGCUAAACUUAACUAUACUGAUAUUGCUAACUCAUUGAGUGCAUUGGGUACCAAUUGGAAUUUCAUUCCUCCCGCUUCUCCUCACUUUGGAGGCUUAUGGGAAGCAGGAGUGAAAUCUGUUAAAUACCAUUUGCGUCGCGUUGCCCGAAACCAAGCUCUGACGUUCGAGGAGCUCAGUACACUUCUAGCGCAAAUAGAAGCUUGCCUUAACUCGAGACCUCUAUGUCCGGUUACAGACAGCUUGGAAGAUUUCAAUGCUUUAACACCAGCUCAUUUUUUAAUUGGCACAUCAGCUCAUAUAGUUCCCGAAGCAGACCUAGCAGUAGAAAGGAUUGGAUACCUGGAUAGAUGGAAACGUCUACAAGCCUCACUACAGACCUUCUGGAAGGAAUGGAGCGGAGAAUACCUCACAAGGCUUCAAAAUAGACCUAAGUGGCUUAAAAUCAAGGACCAACCCAAAAUCGGAGAUUUAGUUUUGGUACGAGAUGAAAGAUUUCCACCUUCGAAAUGGCCCAUGGCAAGAAUAGUGGAAACCUACCCAGGACAAGAUAAUCUCAUCCGUGUUGUCAAAGUGCGAACACAAAAUAAUGAAUUUAAGAGGCCUAUCACAAAGAUAUGUCCACUUCCAUCAAACAAAACGCAUCAAGAAAACGAAACAAUUUAA